GACUCUGGUGAUUUGACGUGGUAUUCCUCGUGAUCUCCAUUUCCUGGUUCUAAACAAAUAAAAAUGGAGGAAUUCUUCUGGUUUAUCAUGAUCUUAGCAUUGUCUAUCUCAAAGGGUUAUUGGAUAAACGAUCUUGAUCAUCCAUGUUUACGGGAAUGCAAGGACGACCAUGAGCCGAUGACGUGCGAGUAUGACUGGACGGUGGAAUCGUACUACUCCAUGUCACGUGCUUGCUACCAAUGUCCGUUCAACGAGUUCGAUUGCCAUCGGCCUCACUGCAUACCCAUGGCCGGUUACGCUAGACCCGUCUACUCGGUUAACCGUCGACUACCCGGACCGAGUAUUCAGGUUUGCAAAGAUGAUAUCAUCAAGGUCCACGUGCACAACCGGAUGCAGAACGAGGAAGGGGAAUCUCUACACUGGCACGGGUUUCAUAUGAGGGGCACACAGUAUAUGGAUGGGGUGUCAAGGGUGACCCAGUGUCCCAUCAAUGCCGCCCAUGACUUCACCUACGAGUUCACAGCAACACAACCAGGUACCCACUGGUGGCACUCACACGCUGGCCUCCACCGUGCCGACGGGAUAUUUGGUUCGGUAAUUGUUCGGCAAUCACCGGAAUCCGAUCCCCACCGAACGUUGUACGAGCAUGAUGAUCCACACCACGUGAUCAUUAUCAAGGAAUGGGCAAAGGCCACCGCCAUGACGAUUGCUACUGCUGAACAGAGCGGCGUUGAGAUUGAUCUAAAUGAUGGAAUAUUGAUAAAUGGAAGAGGAACAAAUCAACAACUCACAAACUCUGAAAACAUCACUGCAUCAGUCGAUCAUCAUGUCGUGUAUGUCCAUUCAGGCACGACGUAUCGCUUCCGGGUUAUAAGUGCGGCCAAUGACAUUUGCCCGUUGACGAUCUCUGUCGAUAAUCAUCGGUUGAAGGUGAUAGCAAUGGAUGGCGCCCCAGUGAACCCAGUCGAUGUUGACAGGAUCACCGUCUUUUCUGGAGAGAGAUAUGAUUUUGUCCUAAAUGCUGACCAGGAGUCUACUAAUUAUUGGAUACGGGUUGCUGGCGAGAUGACUUGUGCACAGCAUCAGGAGCUUGGCAUUCUACGCUACGCAGGUACACCUUCCGGUACCAGACCAAAGAGUGAUAAGAAUCUGAGAGCACAAGGCAAGGUUCUCAAUCCACUGACGUCACUACGUGGUCCUGAUACGGUAAUGGUGGCCGAUCUCGUCGACGCAGAAGAAAAACAGGAUGACUUAAGCCACGCUGAUGUCACUCACUACCUUGAACUGGCCGUCGUCCUUCGCAACGGGGCAAAAUCUCUUUACCAUCCUAUCUUUUACCCCUACGAACGAGCUGGCCGCCCCGAUACCUUCAGCGGUAACUCGAAUCUUCCCGUCAUCAACAACAUCACCAUGAAGAUUCCUGGGACGACCUUGCUCUCCCAUUGGGAAGAAGUCGACGAGGCGCUCUGGUGCAACGAGGACUCGCUUCGGGCAUCGGGCAAAGACUGCUCACGAGAUGCGUGCGAAUGUCUACAUCGGAUAGACAUCAAGUACAAUAAGGUAGUGGAGCUGGUCUAUAUCAACAACGGACCUGGGAUACAUCCAAUGCAUAUACAUGGUUACUAUCUAGACAUCGUAGGCAUGGCUAAAGCGUGGGACAAUUUUACUACAGAGGAUUUUAAACGGCUUGAUGCCAAAGGUCAAAUCCGACGAAACCUGAAGAAUCCGCCGCGGAAGGAUACCAUUAUGAUCCCAGCAGGUGGAUACGUGAUAGGAAGAUUUAGAGCCGAUAACCCUGGCUGGUGGCUGAUGCAUUGUCAUUUUGACACCCAUUUUGCGCUGGGUAUGGCGAUGGUGUUUCAUGUUGAGGGACCACUUCCCACGUAUCCAGAAUCUAUGCCUUCUUGCAACUGAUAUCCGUGACAAAUGUGCUUUUUUACACUCGCAAAAAUCCCUGACCCCAGGCUCUAGGUGGCUUGUCAUCGCUCGAUGUAUGCCCUUGGGGCAAAGGUGCCAUCGCUGUUGAUUGAAUGCUACGAUUCAUAUAGCGUACAUUUUUUCAUGUUGUUACUGGUAUUGCUUGCAAUAAUUAGAGUGAUACAAAUAUGAUUAAUUGAAAUUAAUUUGUAUUCUCGAUCUUUAGUUUUGAAGAGAUUUAUACUAUGUAUGUUAAUGAACAUUGGAUAAUUUUUGCUGAUUGUUUCAGUGAGUCCAAGGUGCAUAAGUCAGCACGAGUUAAUAUCAUUACUGAUUGAUUAGUUAAUCAAUUUGUGUAUAACUUUGUUUCAUAUAUUUUACAUAACAUAUGGCGUCACAAAUCAGGAACUUAAAAUUCUAAUGGCUACCUCUAU